GUCUGUCUGCUCGACGAUGAGUAUCGCGUCGUCGACGACGUCGGCCGCAACCAUGAGCACACAGGGGCCGACGGGGAGCGGUAGCACUGCUCAUCACACGAGCAUCAGCUCCACGUCUUCCGCUCCCGUUGCGCCUGUGCUAGAGCCGCCGGCAAUUUUUGCGACUGUGGCACCUGGCAUAUACCGAUGCUCCUCGUCCUCGCUCACCGCUGGCCUUCCUCCUGCGCCCAAGGAGUGGGUCCCUCCGUCCUCUUCUCACUCCAACAAUGGCAACGGAAAUGGGGAUGGCAGCAAUGGCAACGGCAAUGGCAACGGUGCCCACGACCGCAGCUCAGAGGCCGACGAGGUCAGGUCAAUUUCUUCCUCCUUCUUCGCUUAUCAGCCAAACUCUCUUCCGGCAUCGUCGACGACGGCACCCACCUUGCCUCUCGAAACCUUUCUUUCGACACUCAGACUCAGAACAAUCCUUCUCUUAGCACCAGAACGGCGGCCGCCAGCGCUAGCAGCCUGGUGCCAAGCGCGCCAUAUCCGACUCGUCCAUCUUGGCCUCGGUGCCUUGGCCGACGAGGGAGCGAGCGUAGGCUCCAACAUCAACUGUUCGGGCAUGGAUCUAUACGGGAAUGCAGCUUCCAGUAUCAUGAGCCUGGAACGGAUCGUCAAGGACUCGCUUGAGCUUUUGCUUGAUGUAUCCUCAUUGCCCUGCCUCGUCUGCGAUGCCACUGGCGUGAGCGAAGCCGGUGUCGUCGUGGGCUGCCUCCGCAGAAUGCAACGUCGCAACUUUGCCAGCAUCCGUCUCGAAUAUCGAAACUUUGCUGCUAGCCGCUCGCGUUCGUCGCACGAACGCUUCAUCGAGAGCUUCGACACAGAUUUGAUCUCCUUGCCCAGGGCUGAUCGACUUCCGGACUGGUUUGCCCUGCAACUGGCCGAUGACGACGAGGAAGAAGAGGAAGCAACAGCAGCAGCGCUUCUGCUGGCAGCUUCUGCCUGAUGUAAUAGUGAGAUCUCCUUCAGCAUUUGUAACAGUAGUUCCGCCAUGCAUCCCACGACCACAGCCCCGGAUUUGAAGGAUCAAGCUUGUUCUCUUGUGUAUAUUUUGGUCUAUAUGCUAC